UCUUCUCUCUCUCUCCUUCCAACUUAGAAGUUCUUUUGCAGAAUAUUUCAGUGAUUCCAGUGGUGGGCUGGCUGAAGUUUGAACGUGAAGGCCAAACACGCAACAAAACCACCACUUGGGGGAGGGGCAAGCAAAGCUGAAAAAAUAGUCCAGUAGUAAUAUUAAGCAAAGAAAAGAAGUAGAUCAGCGCAAGAACAUCAAAGGAAAAUGGGUUUUGUGGAACUGUUGGAGGUGGCUUCUAUGCCAAUUAUUCAAGUCCUUCUUAUCAGUGCAUUGGGAGCUUUGAUGGCAACUCGGUAUUUCGAUCAUCUUCUUUCGCCUGAUAUCCGGAAAGCUUUGAACAAGAUUGUCUUCUUUGUAUUCACUCCUUCACUUAUAUUUGCCAGUUUCGCCCAGAGUGUUUCACUUGAAGAUAUGAUAUCAUGGUGGUUUAUGCCCGUUAACGUUGGACUUACCUUCUUAAUUGGUGGAAUAAUCGGAUGGAUACUGGUGAAACUACUGAAGCCUAAUCUGAAAGUGGAAGGUCUUAUUAUUGCUGCAUGUUCAUCAGGAAAUAUGGGGAACCUUCCUAUUGUAAUCAUCCCUGCUAUCUGUGAUGAGAAGGGAGGACCAUUUGGUGCGCGUGAUGUUUGCCGCAGUAAUGCACUCUCUUAUGCAUCUUUCUCUAUGGCGCUUGGUGGCAUCUUCAUCUGGACCUACACCUUACAGACUAUAAAAAGCAGAUCAUUGAAAUUUAAGGCACUGGAGGCUGCUGAGAUCAUGAAGGUUCCCAACAAAGAGUUCGAUGCCAAUGCAGAAACUCUUCUUCUCAAGGAUAAUGACAGCCAAAACACAAUAGAAGUUCCGACAUCUACCUAUUAUGGUGACACUGAAAACCAAAUUCCUGUAGACCAAGAUCAGUCCAGUGUACCAGAGAAGACCGAAUCGCUAUGGCAUAGAAUAGUGGAAGUUAUUACUCAGUUUCUUGAAGAACUCAUGUCACCACCAGCAAUUGCAACAUUUUUUGGUUUCCUCUUUGGUGCGGUUGCAUGGCUAAGGAACCUAAUAAUAGGAGGCAAUGCUCCACUGCGUGUCAUCCAAGACUCUCUCCAAUUACUAGGGAAUGGAACCAUUCCUUGCAUCACCCUUUUGCUUGGUGGUAACCUCACUCAAGGCUUGAAAUCAUCUACUAUCAAACCAUUGACCCUCAUCAGCAUCAUCAUAGGCCGACUUUUCCUGCUACCUUUGAUUGGACUGUUCAUCGUAAAAGCAGCAGCAAAUUUCGGCUUACUCCCGGUUGAUCCUUUGUUUCAGUAUGUGCUGGUGAUGCAGUAUGCUAUGCCACCGGCUAUGAAUAUCAGUACCAUGGCUCAGCUGUUUGAUGUAGGAACUGAAGAGUGUUCAGUUAUUCUGUUGUGGACAUACAGUGCUGCAGCCAUAGCACUCACUGCUUGGUCAACAUUCCUCUUGUGGCUAUUAUCUUAAGUUGUCUUUGGUUCCUGAAUUUUCCUAAAACAACAAAGGAAAAAAAAACAAAUACAGAAACUCUUCUACAUACUAUGGCUGUGUGAACAGCAGUUUUGAUGAAGAAAGAGGAAUGGUAUGGUUGCAAUUUUGAGUGUAAUUUGGGUUUUGCUUGUUCUUGUAUCAACCUCUGCGCAACAACAAAGAAGUUAGAUGAUUGAAGUGUGAAUGGUUUUGAUCAUGUCUUACACACAAGACACUGCCAUUCAAAAUUAGGUGUUUACAAACAAAUACAUAUUUUCCUUUUCGACCACCUUCUGUAGUUAGGUUCUUAGUUUUUUUCUUUUUUCAUAUAGUUCUCCAUUGGAAAAAGAAAAGAAAAUCCAAUUAUUCUGAUUCUUUGUAUUUUAUUCAUUUUGAUUUCAAUUCUUGCGGUUGUAAUUUAGUAACAGUCUAUGUUUAAUGAUAAUAAAUUGUUAUAAAA